AUGCCCAAACAUCAGACAAAGUUUAAUGACCGCUGGCUAGAUGAAAUAGAUGGAAAUGGCCAUAAACUCAGGUUGUGGUGUUCCAAAGGGAAAACUGAUACGACUGCAUACUGUUUUGUGUGUAAAAAGACAAUUCAGUGUGGGAAUGCAGGAUUUGCCCAAGUUCUUCAACAUUCAGAGAAGAGUAAGACACACAUUCGUCUUGCAAACAUAGCAUGCAGUGACAGUCAGACAAAGAUAGCAUUUAAAACCAUUCAUAAUUCAUCGUCCAUAGAAUCACAGGCUUCUUCAGAGGUAUCAGAAAUAAUUCCUGUACCAGUGCGUAAUAUUUGUGUUACAAGCAAGAAGGAUGAUACUACUAAAGCAGAGAUUAUUUGGGCAGCCAAAACAGCGAAUGACAACUACAGUUUCAGGUCAAGUGAUGGUAUCGGAGAUACAUUUAGAGCGAUGUUCAGCAAUCCUGAAACACUCGAAACUUUUUCAAUGAGCAGAACAAAGUUGUCGUAUGUAAUUGGACAUGGUUUUGGACCUGUUUUCAAAGAAGAGCUCAUUUCUGACGUUAGAGCUUCACAGAGUCCCUUCAGUCUUCAGUACGACGAAACGACACAGUGUCAAGUUAAACGCGUUCCAAACUAAAAUGGGUUUUUCCAAAAACAGUAUUUUCCGUUGAGAAAGUGAAUAUUCCUCGGAGCCUAUACGCUGUUCAUUGAAAAUCUUAUCAUUCCUAACAACAACGAAACCGGUUCAGUAAAGAAAGCCUUUAUUUGACCGUCACAAUUUGGCAGUCAGUUAAACAUGCCAGUAAAACUUCUGAAUAUGCUGACCCUAAGAAAACUUGAUCUCACCGCAUGCAGAAUGAAAAUCUGCUAAAACUGAACUACAUCGGCAGCGACUAUUUUCCCCCGAUGCAGAAAUUCUGUAUCCUGUGCAGUGGUUAAAAUAGGCCUAAAAUGUACUGAAUUCAGCUACCAUGCAGAAAUUCUGCACGCGGUAAAAUCCGUGAAAAUCUACAGAAACUGGACUACAUCAGCAGCGACUAUUUUCUCCCGAUGCAGAAAUUCCGCAUCAUGUUCAGUCGUUAAAAUAGGCCUAAAAUGUACUGAAUUCAGCUACCAUGCAGAAAUUCUGCACGCGGUAAAAUCCGUAAAAAUCUACAGAAACUGGACUACAUCAGCAGCGACAAUUUUCCCCCGAUGCAGAAAUUCUGCAUCAUGUUCAGUCGUUAAAAUAGGCCUAAAAUGUACUGAAUUCAGCUACCAUGCAGAAAUUCUGCACGCGGUAAAAUCCGUAAAAAUCUACAGAAACUGGACUACAUCAGCAGCGACUAUUUUCCCCCGAUGCAGAAAUUCUGCAUCAUGUUCAGUCGUUAAAAUAGGCCUAAAAUGUACUGAAUUCAGCUACCAUGCAGAAAUUCUGCACGCGGUAAAAUCCGUGAAAAUUACUUAAUUCAGCUACGGAUGCAGAAAUUCUGCACGCGGUAAAAUCCGUGAAAAUCUACAGAAACUGGACUACAUCAGCAGCGACUAUUUUCCUCCGAUGCAGAAACCAAGUUCAGUGGCUAAAACAGGCCUAAAAAUGACUGAAUUCAGCUGCUGACAUCGCCAGAAACUAGACUAAAUAAGCAGUAUUCGUAAAAGACAUUGCCCAAUAGUUCAAAUAGACUUCAGUUUACUGGAAAUGGUGAUGCGAUUUUUUUUUUCUAAAUGCAUGGUUGCGUCGCCAGCGCAUGGUGAAAAUCACGGGUAGCCACCCUCGCGCACGUGAUACGAUGGCUACAGCUGAAAAUAACUAAAAAAAUCGUUCAAAAUUUAAUGACUUGAUUCCCUGGCAUCAAAAUCACACGGGGUUUGUCAAUAACUAGUGCAGCGGCGACAAUUCUCGAAAACAUGGCAUCAUAACCGUAGCUGCGGCUAAAUAUUGAAUACUCCAUAAAAUUAAUCUAACCGCUAUUGCACCAUGCAUACAGUUGUUAGUUGAAACCAAAAAACCUUCAAAAUAUUAUAUAUCUACUUUUUACUAAUGCAUGGUUGAAGUGAAAAAGAUAAGCAAACGCAAUACUUAACAACCAGAUAGUUAGGUGUUUUCAAAGCCCAAUGCGGUUUGAGAAUACAGCCAGGUGUUAUCAACACAGAAUUGGAUGAGUGUCCCAUGAUAAGAUCAUUCAAAAUCUUCUCAGUUAUUUCUUUGUAACUGUUCAGUCUCGAAGAAAAUACUUGGUUUAACCAUUCAGAUAAAGCCUCUUCAGUAGAACUUUCACAUGGUGCUUUAUAGUGUUUAGUAUUUCACAAAAAAUGAAUUAGAUUUUUUCUCCUAUAUUUACAUGGGCACUGGGAGUGAAGGUUUUAACAGUGUGCAUCCUGGUGAUUAUGAAUUAUUUGUACUAUUCCUCAGUGAGGAAUACUUUUCCAUUAAGUGCCUUCUUGUAGUCACCUGCAGCUUCUUUGCUUCAGUAAGUUCAAAGAAGUGGAGAAUAAUACACUCCUUUGGAAGAACUUCUGUCCAAGGUUCCCUUGUUCUUGGAAGGCUUAAAGGUGACCACUUUCCUCUGUAUGUGCCUUUCCAGUAAUGGAUUUUGAAAUGAUCCUCACUGAUCUCUUUUAAAACACCAAUCACUGGCUCCUCUUCACAGUUUGACAAGAAAACUGCUGCAUAUGUUUCAAUUUGAAGCCCUUCGUAGAAAGAGUCAACACGUUCAACAGGAUUUUCUCUGUUGCUGGGGGCAACAUACCUUCCAGUGUAAAUCUGAAAAAGGAUACAGUUUAAUCAGAAAAGGUUAAUUAAGGUUACCGUGUACGUUCAGAGGGAAAAAAAUCGAUUUUCGUUUUUUAAGUUGGAAAUAAACUUUGCAGCAAGAUCUUUCAAAAGAGUGAAUAUUUGCCGAGAAAUUGGGAUGUAAGCGAUUUCCACCGGAAGUUAAACUCCACUUUGAUUGACAGCAUAAGGUAAUCAUGCGGUCACGAUGGUUCACCGGUACUGGUGUUUCCGCCGCUCUUUCUGCUGAUGAUUUGUAGCCCGCCUUUGUCGCUUCGGCUUGGGCCCAACAGCUUUGCUUGAUGAGGUCUUUCCUCGUUUAGUUUUUUUCACGAUGAUUAUGUAUACAAAAUGCAAUAUCGACGGAAAAUAAAAACCGCAAAUAUCCAACAAAAUGGCGAAGGAAUUGAUUACUCUGUAACGGGAGUACGUGCAAAAUUGCGAGAAAAUCAUCACAGCAGGUAACCGGAAGAAAAAGGGCCUUGCGAAACAAUUGCCUAAUUUCCCGUAAAGGCGUUAGGGGGCGGUACUUGUUUCUGUAGCGAUAAUUUUUUUGAGCGCUCUUUUCUCGAACUUUAAUUUUCGCUUCAAGGAGACACUUUCAAGAGUUACAACUCAACAACGAUUUGGCCGAUUUCGGUAAAAUUUGGCCAGAUGCUAGAAAGGUAUGUAAUCAACAGAGACGUGUCGGGGAAUUCGAUAAUUCUUAAAACUCUUUCCUUGACAGCCAUUUCCGUGCGUUCACUCCGCAUGUUUUUCUUGCAGUUUUCAAAAUGUUCCGUAACUUUUGAACGCAAUCGAAUUAAGGAAAACACUGACACGUUUUUUUUAACCUUUGAGAUGCUGACCGUGAGAAAAAAAAAAAACUUCCAAAAUGUAAAAAUCGCAUUGAGUUGGAACUGUAGAAAGACGAUCUGUGCCUUCAAGUUUAGACUACGCGGAAAACUUAGGAAUUUAUUUUCUUGAAAAAGCAAUGAAAUAUUUGAAUACCCAGUUCCAUAAGCUUUAAUUUGAUAUAGGGUUUUGGGUAUCUGUGAUGUAACCGAGAGGCGCUACACCCGUUAAACUGGAGCCACCCCUUAAGGUACACUGUAACCUUAAAGAACUGACGAACUCAGAUAUGAGAGAAUGUUUAACUUAAAGAGCUGCCAAGUCGUAACAUGUGAACCCUUAGAAAGUAGACUUAUAACAGAAAAUUCACCAACUCAGACAAUUUCAACUUGCCUGUUUUGUUGGCCGACAUUCCUUGUCCUGUAGAGCUUGCAGGUGUUCAGGGACAGAUUGAUCAACCGUAUAUGGCUUUAUUUUCUCUGCGAUCAGAAUAGCAUUCAAAGGCCACUCCCAUGCCUCUGGCACAGCAGCCAAAUUGUCUACGUUAUUCACCCACUCACUCCAAAAUGAGAACGCCUGUUCAGGGUAGUGAUCUCUGAACUUGUUAAGGUCACGCUUCAAACCUUCAACAUCAAUUCUGUCUAACACAGGUCUCACAAGACUUGGUUUGCCACCUGGAUGACUCUAGUGUAAGAACAAAGGUUUUACGAUGAACAAUUAACAGUGCAAUGCAUUAAUUAAAAGAUCACUUUAGUAUUAUGAUCUGUAAGAUGCAGACAAAUGAUAAAAGGUUGUAACUGCACCUUCAAAAUAAUCACAGGACCUUCCCAUGGCAUGUGCGAGUAGUUUCGAUAAAACAUUUGGCACUUCCCAGCAGCAUUUCUGACAAAUUUGAAGCACUUUGGCUGAGUAUGGUCAUGCAGUUGCUCUGCAUGAGGUGCCAGCCACUCUUUUAUGUUGUACACAGCAUCCAACAGAAAAGGAAGGACUUUGACAUUCUGUAUGCAAUUUUUCAUUGCCUCUUGCAUUUCUAUGGGAGAGAAGAAAAGAAAAUUGCAAAUGUUAUCUCAGUAAAUAGUAUUAAUAUUAAUAAAUAAUUAUAAUUGCAACAAUCUAUCUCUUAUUUCAUGUGAAUGGGUUAUUGGUAUUAUGUCCCAAGUGACUUAUGAUCUCAUAUGAAAUUAUCCCUUUAUUUACGAGCAUACACAAAGGUAACUGAAAGAUGAAUCCAGCAGUUUAUCUGAAAUUACUUGAUGCUUCAAUCCAGGCACCCCUUUGUUUAGUUCAAACAUGCGUGUAAGAACCUAGCGGUUUAAGAACCUGCUGGCAGAAAUUUCCCAUUUUAUACCCAAAAAUAUAAGAACCUGUUUAGCCAAGCAAAAUUUAUUAGGUUCUUAUACGUGACUUAUGGAAUAUUUUCAUAAGCAUUUUUCACUAUGAAGUAUAACUGAUUUUGAGAAAUAGGGAAUACUUCAUGGGAAGUACGCGCGUACGGUUUAUAGUGUAUAAUUAUAAUUAUUUAGUCAGUCUUGCACACGGCUCAUGACAAGACAGUUAUAAAUAAAUGCUGUAUCAUAAAGGACCAAACCUACUUUUUCUGCUUGUACAUGAAUGGUUCCUACUAAAAACUUAAGAACCUAAUUAAGAACCUACUUUAGCCUAAAUUUUGCCAAUAACUUUCCCCAAAUAUAAGAACCUGUUUUGCCAAACUUGGAAAAAUGAAGGUUACUGUAUUACAAGAGAUAUGUACACCUACCAUCCAUUGUGUAAACAUCAUUUAGAUCCAGGUGCUUCGAAUAUACCCCAAAAAAAGCAUCAAUCUCUUCAUGGGUGUGCCCCACAGGAAGGAAGUUUAACUUGAUCUAAGGGAUUGCAAAAAAUGCACACAAGUAGGGAAAAAGUUAAGACAACUAAAUUUUACAACUUGGUGACCACUGAGACAGUUUCCAUUACAAAGAUAAUAGUCAGUGUUGAUCUACAAAUACUCUAGUUCCUUGCUUUUACUUCAGCUGUCAUGAUUACAACACUUGCAUUUUUCAAAGGCCUUCUUUUACUGUAGGUGCUUAUUAUAAGAGGGAAAUUUGCACUUAGAAAACAGAUGCGCUUACAAAUUUGCAUUAGGAAUUUUUCAGUGACUUUGUGAUAAUGAUAAUAUUGGGACAUCAACUCCUAACACAACAGCAAAAGUCUUCAAUGAAAAUGAAAUAUAUUACACAUGAAAAUAUCACAACAUGCAUAGGCACAAAACUUGACACAAGUUUCUGGCGCAUUUUAUGAUUUUGUAUUCCAUGAGGACUAACCUUAUCAAACACAAUUAGCUCCACCAGAAGAGCAAACAGCCACAUCAUGUACUGGUUCUUAUUUUCCUUCACACAGUUGUCAAGUUGAAGGUAAAAGAUGGGAGGCAAUUUGUAGAACUGGCACCACUUUGCAAUCAUGUUUAGAAGAACUGAAGCGGUCAAAUUUGGGUCAUGGGGCCACUGGUAGAAAUCAAAAGAGCCAUAAAUGUCUUUACCAGACGUAGAUUGCCCAGAGUGGAGAAUUGCCCCAACAAGGUGUGUGCCAACAUAAGUCAAAUUACAUGUCGCUUUAGUUUUACGACGGACCCUGGGAAUGUUUGUUGUUUUUUGAUCCAUUCCAUCAUCAAUCACUAUCAAGUACUUGUCUGGGAACCUUCUUGCCUUGUAUCGAUGCUUGUAGUACACCCUUCUCUCUUGCCUGUCAAAAAUGUAGACAAUAAUAAUUAUUAUACUUAUGAGAAAAAAGCAAAUAAUUGACACUGUAUUAUUGAGCAUGAAAUUUCACUUAUGUAUAAUCCAGGCAUGCCAAAGUCAUGUUGGAUUAAAAAUAAACCAUUCAGGCUGAUUGUCUGGUAAAAUGUUAUAACUUAUUGCACUCUUCUGUACAUGCACUAGCCUAUUGCCAAUCACACCCAAAAGAACAUGCAUGAGUAUUUUCAAUCAAUUGAUCAGCUCUCAAUAAUUGUUGAAACUAACCAGUUCAUGGUGGCUUAUGACCAUUUCAUGGCAUCUCACAUUUCAAAACUUGAGAUUCAGAUUGCACGUGAUGCUUACAUAGGUUUGCAGUAACAUUUUAAACUACCAGAUUUACACUCAGGUUAAACAAGCGGGCGUGCGACUCAAAAAAUAAUUAUGUCAUUGCAAACAUUGGAUGUUACCACCGCACUUUUCAUUACAUCUGGAGUCCGACCUCAAACAAAACCCCUGCUUACAGAGUACAUUUAACUUAAGUCACACAUACAACUACAGUCAACCUCAUGCAAUGCAAGCACUUACCAUACUAGUUCUAAAUGCUUGUUCAAGAGUGCAUCCACCUCACUUCGAACCUUCUUGUCCAUUGUUCUCUCCUUCUGCUCCUUGUACUUUGUACAGUCUGUGCAUUUUGUAAAGCGGUUUUCCUGUUUAAAGAUCACACAUCAAGUCAUAUACUUAAUAAGCAGAAUAAUACUUGCAACAAAGCUUUAGUAUCGGAGCCAAUAAUAAUUGGUCCUGAUACCUAUUAAUACAUAUUUUAUGUUUGUGUCCUCAGUCCACAGUGUUUUGUUGUUAUCUCAUUUGAACUUGAAAAUGACAUCAUUAUUACACUGAAAUAUUGUAAGUUCAUUUCUAUUGCUUAUUUUCACAAAACCUUUUUGUCCUAAAUACCUGAAGUUUUAAUCUGUUUCCCACAAUAUUGCAGUAAUGUAUCAAUAUUAUUGACAUACACUGUAUUAUUGAAUGCAGAACUAACCUUUGGAAUUGUCACAUUUGGGAAGUAAGUGUGAAAUAUAUGGUAAAACUGUGAAAGACCAACUGAUACCAUGCCAAAACCAUUGUUUUCUUCAACCAUUUGGUUAUAAAUUGAUGAUAAUGAAAAACAAGAAGGUAUGUGGAUUACAGAUAGAUCUGGCUGGUGCUGCCCAACAGAAUCCACAAAGAACUCCAACCACGCAAUGCAAUCUUUAGUUUUAGUUAAUUGUACUGUUGAUCAGUUACUGCUUGAAUUGGAAAGUCUUGAUCAUGAACCAAUUGAAUGGAAAGGUAUCAUUACCGUUUUUAUCCUUUGCUUCAAUUCCAUGAUCAUCACCACCAGAGCAGUGGCUAAGGUCGAACACUUCAAAUGAAUCUUCGUGACUAUCUGUGGAAAUGAUUAAGACUCUGUCCGUUAUAACCUGCGAUCAGGCGUACUUCAAUAUUUGAGAUGCCAAUAAAGAUGCUAUAAAAAUAAAUAAAUAUGAGGAAUUCAAAAUGGACUUUGAGAAAUUCUAGUUUUCCAGCAGCAGCUACUCAACUAUCGUUUUGCAAGAACUGUGUCACUAAACCAUUGUUCAGAUUGCUCAGCGCUUUCGUAAACAAUGCCGAAUUUCUCUGACAAGCUCGGCUGAUUCCCCGAAUAUAGCAGCAUUAAAGUUCUGUUCGGUUCUUUUUGGAUUCACAACUUGUUGCUUCCGAAUCCUUCCGAAUACAUUCCAAAGGACUCACCAUAUCACAAACGUUUCCGAGUCGAUGGAAGUGGUACGAUACAUUUUUUCUAUAAUGUUCGGGUAUUGCCAAAUUCCGAUGGAAGUUACAACUAUAAUGUCUUCUUUUAGACAAACCAUUCUUUGGAUGCAUUCUCUCUGCCGUUCCUUUAAAGACUUUUUGGAAAAAAAUCUGAAGUCGAAGCAACAGCAGCUGUAAACAGAGCCUAAACAUCACUCCUCUUCGAAUCCUUCUCGGCAGACAUAAUUGGAUCAGCUGAACUGGACUGCAGGCAGAUGACUCGUCAAGAAAAUUGUAUCAGGCGUACAUUUCCGCCCUCUCUAAAGAAAAGUACGCCUGGCCCGGGUUGCUCGAAGCAUGGUUAGUGCUAACCAGCGCUAAAUAGCAUGGAAACCUAUACAUUUUGAUACCUCUUAACCAACGGUUAGCGCUAACCAGGCUUCGAGCAACCGGCCCCAGAUCGCAGGUUAUGUCCGUUAACUUUUGUUCACGUGGCGCGAUGAUUAUGACUUUCCCCAGGAGCGCGCAGUAAUUACCUGUAGCUGCCUGGAGCAAUAUUUCAAUCUUCUCUUCCUGAGAACGACGUUUAUCGUUUAUCCUUAAAAGAGCCAUCUUAAGUUGAAUUAUAGAAGGUUUUUAAGAGGGCGGGGAAUUUGUUGGUGCAUCAUCAUCAUGACUGGUUAGUCCAUAAAGUCCAUUCAAAAUUAAAAACAUGCAUGCACCACGGUUUUCUUCUUGAUUGUCGGAAUACAAGCUGGCAUUAACGUUCCAGUCCGCGGGUUGCCUGAACUAAAUAGGGCUAGAUUGCAAAAUACCCGGUACACCAAAUGUCUUACUUAAAAAACUGCUACCGCAUUCUCGCAGUCUUGAAGUGAAGUGAAGUGAAAUUAUUAGUCUCUCCCCUCGGGGCUUUUCAAGACUAAUUUAUUGCUGUCACGCAGUUUACAAUUAAUUAAGAAGGUAACAGAUGCCCCUCGUUCUUUAGGGACGGACCAUUAGAAAACUUAUGGGGGGGGCGGGCGAAGUACAAAAAAAAUAUUCGCGCAAGGGAAAAUUAAAUGAAAAAAAAUUCAUGCACGCCAAUUAACCCUAAAAAAUAUUCAUGCAACGGCCUAAAUAAAAUUCAUGCAAAGAAUUUGGUAACGAAAAAAAAUUCUUGCAGCUCGAAAAUUCCCCUCCCCCCCCCAUAACUUUUCUAAUGGUCCGUCCCUUAAUAGAGGUGUAUGACAUGUUGAGUGUCCUUAACUGAACCACAAAAUGAAAGCUAAAAUUUUACGAGAAUGCUUAAGCCUAAUCACUGAAGCGAGCGCUUAGGCUUAAUCAGUAAACGAGUGCUUUCUUCUUCACACGAACUCGUGGAAAGUGUCGUUAACUGAACCACAGAAUGAAAGCUAAAAUUCUUACGACGCAGUGGCAUGGGACAGAAAAUGAUACAUAUAAACAAUUCUGUUCCUAAACGGGGUAUUCUGCAAUCACUGCUAAGCUUUCAUUUCGCGGUUCGGUUAACUACACUUUUCAUGAGAUCGUCUGAAGAAGAAAGCACUCGUCUACUCAUUAAGCCUAAGCGCUCGCUUCAGUGAUUAGGCUUAAGCAUUCUCGUAAAAUUUUAGCUUUCAUUUUGUGGUUCAGUUAAGGACACUCAACGUGUGAUACACCUCCUUCUUUAAUCCACAAAUCCUAAAAACGCCACUUAAAAACUGGCCGUUAUUUUCAAUUAUUAUUUAACUACUACGUGACUUCGGACCCCGGUCACAACCAUUUUACUCUUCGGAGUUAUCAAAUAUCCAGUCAUCGACCACGGGACUGCGGACCGCGGUGGCAGUUCAUUUUUUGCUUGCCCUUUCAACAGUUUUCAUUCAUCGACUACGGGACUGCGGACCGCGGUGGCAGUUAGAACACUUUAGAACACCUUAUUUAUAGGGUGCAUAAUUACAGUAGAAAAACUGUAUUCUCCCUUAUGGCCAUGUUAAACUAAAUACCCUAAUAACUAAAAUACUAAAUUAAUAAAUUACUCAAAUACUAAAAUACCCCAAUACUCAAAUACUAUAAUAUUCAAAUACUAAAGUACAGUUCAUUUUAAUGCUUUCCCUUUAACAAUUUCCAUUCAUCGACUAUGGGACUGCGGACCGCGAUGGCAGUUCAUUUUAACACUUUUCAUUCAUCGACUACUGGACUGCGGACCGCGGUGGCAGCUUUUUUAAGUAGGGCGUUUGCUGGGCCGGGGAUUCUGCAAUCAUAAAUAGUAAGCUCAUCUGCUGGCAUUAACGGUUGGGGAAUAUCUUGCGUGUUGUCCUCGUCUCCGAGCGAAGGGUGUCUACAUGCUCUUUACGGUAGUGGCGUUUUGCAAUUACGCUUACCAUUUGAUACACUCACCGUUGUCAUUUAUUCCAGCCGCAGCGCAAUGGUCCCCACCUCGACGCCUCUUGAUAGGGGUACUUUGAAAGAUAGUAUCUCCUUUACGUUGACAUAAAGCUUCAAGAAAUUCUUUUUCCUCACUUAUCCGUUUGUCGCUCAUAAUCACGGUUAAUGGCUGAAAUGUGCCUUGUACGUAUUCCGCAUGUUAUCUGUCACUGAAAGUGCAUCGGAUGGUCUGUAGUAAAUCAAAGUUGUCGAUUAUUCGCGUAUACCUCGUGCAUGGGAACGGUUUCGAUUAAACACAGUAACGUAAAAUGACGUGUCUAUGACGUGUCUCAAAAUCAUUGGACUAUUUCCACGAAACUCUCAACGUUCUUUGUCUCUCUUUAUCCCUGUGAUUUGUUAAAUUCUAUUACCCUCAAACACUUUUCAGAUGUACCGGCUAGAAUAUUUUGACACAUUAAUUCGUUUCCGGUUCUUACAACUUGUCGCACAUCCGAAGAAGCUUCGUUUUUAACGUUUCCUGCCUUUACUCGCAAAAUGGGCCUCUGGACGAUCCAAUUAGCAAAACCCGGGGACAAGCCAAAAGUGUUUCGCGAUGGUUCGCCCCUAAAAAAGAGUGAUGGACAGCGUUAUGGUACAGUGGUAAACGUGUCAUCCUCUGUCCAAGCAGGGAGUAAUAAGCUCUUCGUCAAGGUGAGACUUUAAAAUUUAUCUUUUCCGCUUACAAUAAUCCCUACUCUAGUUCGAUUAAUUUUACAUGACUAUUGUCUUGGGUUUCGAGAAAUUGUUGGCUGGAAAUUCUUUCCAAGUUUGAGUUCCAAAUACCACCACAAUCUAUUCAUUUCCGUUAGCAAUGACAGAAAAGUCUCGGUUUAAGAUCAUCCGGCUAUUGUUUACACGUGUCGCGAGAAGCUAGCUUUUGAAGAACGAGGCAUACAACAAUGGAGAUUGUUGUUAUCCAGUGGUAUGUAACUGAAAUAGCUGGGUAUUCGGAAAUUCUAGCCUAUCGACAAAGAUUUGUUUAAAUUACGUUUAACUGUCUUUGAAAGUCACUCACUAGAAAACUUAACAAAACGUGCUGUAUUUGUUUUUUACCUGGUGAGAUGUUCAUUCAGGUUGAGAUGUUGGUCAAAUUUGCUAUGCUUUGUUUUUAAACAGCAUACUUUGUAGGUAUACCUCGUCACACAUAGAUUCCUUUUAAAGAACUCAGCAAAAUGAAUCCUUAUUGAUUUUGGAUAUAAAUAUUUUGAAGAUUUGAAAAUCGUGGCUACAAAUUUGGCAGUCUGUAGAGGUAUGCGAAUUUAUGAGCUACUAUAUGUGUCGCAUUUGUGCAACGCACUGAAUUUACGCAAGUUAAUUGCCAACGAGUCACCCUCGCGAGGACGCGAGGGUGACGAGGCGGCAGCAUCAUAAAUCCGACGCGCGAGUUAGUUUUGGUACAGGGAGAAAAAAUCUCGAAUCAAAAUGUAAGCAUAAGGUAAUGUAAGAGUGACAUCAUCGGUCAUUGUUUUCGAGCUAGCCAAUGGCAUCGUGGUAUUUUUUAAUCUAAACCAAUCACAUCAGGACGAUCAUGACCGGUGACCACAUGACCAACAUCAGAUGACCACAUUAACCUCGUGGGCAUUUUCUGGUGUAUCCCGGCAUCUCCUGUUCGUGUUGGGCAUCGUGCGACUUGCGAGGUGAUCAAUUACCAGGCAGGAAAAGGUGAGUGGAAAUAUUGAUUUUAUUCACUCGUGAGCGUUGUCUUCUUGGGUGCAUUUUAAUUAAGUGUUUUUGGAUCCGGGGUCGCAAAUCUAGCAACUAGCAGACUGAAAAAUCGCCCAGCGAGGCUAAAAUCGCCCAGCGAGGCAGUUAUCGAGAGCAGCUCGAAAACGGCGAGUGACAGUGUCACAGUCACGGCGAGCUUGCCAAAACAGUCAAUUGUCUUGACCAGAUCGGCCAGCGUGCCAUUUAAGAAACAAAAAACAAAACCACUUGAAUAUAUUCACUAUAAACUCAAUCAGAGGGCGUAUAAAGCCUCUUUUUAUCGAGCUAGUGUGCUCAGUGCUCAAAAUUACAAAUUUUGAUCGACCAACGAGACACGAGUCACAUGGCGUGUCGCUGUUAGUUGUGCGCUUUUUUUCUGCUUAUCCAUUAGCGUGUCCGAAAGUGAAAAACAGUCUAAGCUCUGUUUGCCGGGAAGCCACUAUCAGUCAAGCUUGAGGGAGCUUAGCAAAUCAGUUUGGAUAGUUUUUUUAUUCCAAAAUUGUAGGGUGCUUAGCUUCGUUUGAAAUCAGAACUGCUCAGGUCCAAAGUACACUUGCUGAAGCGCGUGCACUGAAGUAACAGCUCACGAGAAUUUAUGAUGCUUCGUCUAUUGUGUGUGUUAUUAGUCGUAAGUCAUUAUCAGGGCCAUAGUGGUGAGACUAAUUUCAAUUUUCCACGUGGAUAUCAAAAUGUAACCAUUUUCAGAUUCCGAGGAAGAUAUUUGUCUAGACGUAUACCUUAUCCUUCUAAUGGUAGUUUUAAUCCCUUUGCAAUUUCUAAUAAAAAAGCACACAUAUUAAAUGGAAACAUAAAUAACUUGGAAGCUGCAAAAAUGUGUGAGGAAAACAGCUAUUCAUUUGGUAGAGAUCACUUCAGUAAUUAUUGUUUAAACAAUGCAGGUAAAUUUUCCUGUGCAGUUGAUUGUUUUCUCGAGCUGUGUUAUGGUGUUUUUGUAAUCAUCUUCAUAGCACUACACGAAAUGAGUUUUUGACGUUAUCUAUGAGUCAUGUAAUCAAAGAGAAAACCUUGGGGCUAUUGACAUUGUGCGAGAACCUGUGUGGUUAUGGCUCAGAGAUCAUUGUUCAUCAUUUUCUGCAAUGACUGCCAAUGCUGUUUUUAGUGACAUAUUUACAUUGAAUACUGUCGGAGAGUUAAGUGAGGACCUCAAGUCAUUGUUUGUUGUUCAGCAAUGCAAUCAGUCGUGUUGCGCAUCAUGUGGCAACCAAAUCAUAUAUAAGACAGGUAUAUUUGUUCUUUACAUUACCUGCCCAAAUAUCAUUUCCACGCAAUUUGCAAAUCAUGUUUCAGAAGCUGUUCUUCCUCACAGUAGGGCUCUUUAUUGUGAAUCUUGCCAAAAACACAGUGGUGAUGUUUCUGCAUUGCGACAUUUUGUAACACUUCCCACAUUUUUAACUAUUGAAUUGUCAUCCAAUUGUAUUGAUCAAAUUACAUUUCCUUUAACUAUGGACGUUUUAGAAAAUUAUUAUUCACUGAAAGCUGUUGUGCGUUCUGCAAGUCAACAUUUUACUAUCGCUAUAAAUAAAGGAACACAUUGGUUGUAUUUUGAUGAUAUCUGCAGAUCAAUUCAGCAAUAUUCCACUUUUCAAAACCUCUUGAUUGCCCAUGCCAAUGGCUGGUAUUUUGCUGUCUAUGAAAAGUCUGCCAUUCCAUUCAUUGAUAGCGGUAAUGCACAUGCAGCUGUGAACCAAUCUAAGUACACCCAAGAAUACCUCACAGGACAUUCAGUGCCAAAAGUACUCAUUAAUGAUACUUUAACAGUGCCAUCAAACAAACACAUUGCACAAGCAAAACAAAAUGCAUACAUGAAAGAAUAUCGAAAGAAAAGAAAAAGUAAUGAAACUGCAGAAGAACAACUUGCCAAAAAACAAAAGCAAAAUGCUUACAUGAAAGAGUACAGAAGGAGAAAGAAAAAUAAUGAAUCUCAAAGUGAGACGCUUGCUAGACAAGGAAAGCAAAAUAUAUACAUGAGGGAAUACAACAGGAGAAAGAAAAACAUUGAAACUGAUACCAAAAAUUUGCAACGGAAGAAAAACAAAAUACAAACAUGAAGGAAAAUCAUGAAAAAAGUGAAAAACAACUUGGCCUAAAACAGAAGAAAAAUGCUUACAUGAAAGAGUACAGAAGGAGAAAGAAAAACAAUGAAUUUCAUAGUGAGAAACUUACUACACGACGAAAGCAAAAUAUAUACAUGAAGGAAUACAACAACAGAAAGAAAGACGUUGCAACUGGUAGCAAAACAAUUUCAAGAGAAGAAGAACAAAAUACAGUAAUGAAAGAAGAUCAUGCAAAAAGUGUUCAUGGUGAUUUUAAAAUGCAAGCAAAACUUAUUAGAGAAGAAAAACAAAAUACAGACAUCAUGGAAAAUCAUGCAAAAAGUGUUAACAGUGAUUUUAAAAUGCAAGCAGAUCAAAAUGUAUUUAAAUGUUUUGUGGAGAAGGAAAAAUAUUUGUCUUUGUUUGAUAGUCAAACAAAUGGACCAAUUCAUUUACAGGAAUGGGCUAAAAAAAAAACAUGCGAGAUUUCCAUAAUUCUUUGAAAUUCAAAAUCUAUAAAUGCAACAUCUGCCAUGAAGCAUGGCCAUUGUCAGAAAAAUGUAAAGAUGAAUCUACAUAUGUGUGCUCUAGGUGUUUGCGUGACAAGAAUGCAACAAAAAGUUUUCAGUUGACAAUAAUAUGAUACCUUCACAAGCACCAAAAGAACUGCAGGGACUCACGCAAUUAGAAGAAAUGCUUAUAGCACGUGUUUUCAGUAAUAUCUGUUUAUACAAAACCAGGGGGGCAAAAGGCAUACAAAGGCCACUGUAUUAAUUUUUCCCAAGAUAUUCAAGAGCUAGCUAACUCAUUGCCAAGGUAUCCGAGGGAGCUGCCUGUGAUAGUUGUGUCAGUCAAAGGCAAAGAUAAUACUUAUAAAGAUCUUACAGUAAGGCGGGAAAAAGUGAGCUGUGCUCUACACUGGUUAGUCCAGCAUAACCCUGUAUACAAAAAUAUUACUAUAGAUUAUGACUGCUUGUCUUCCUUGCCAUCUGAAGGCAUCCCAAGUGAACUGCAUCAGAUUGAUUGUAUUGAGAAUACUAAAGAUAAGGAAAUGGAUCCAGACAGAGGUCCACUUGAUGUCAAUGAAAUACCAUUCAAUGAAGAGACAGAAUUAAGCAGCACAAUCCUUAAUCCAGUAACCUUAAAGCCUCAAAAGCAACUUAUUACAGAUCAGUUAUUGCAAAAGCAUAAAUUAAAUUGGCCACACAGAGACGCAAGCCCUCUGAAUGAAUUUAAGAUCAAUUUCUAGCAACAAUGGCAUUUCCCACCCUAUUUCCUGAUGCUAAAGGAGACCCUACAAACACUGCUAUAAAGCGGGGUGCAACUUUAGGAGAGAAAAUAAAGCAUCUAAUUAAAUUUGCUGAAUAUUCUAAUGAUGAGUGGACUUAUAGGUUUGCAAGCCAUCCACGAUUUGCAUAUUGGGCUUUUAAUAUGAUUCAGAGGCAUAGACUUCUUAGUCAAGGGAGUAUUUUUUUUUUGAAACAAAACCCUAGCGAUGCAAAACUAACUGUGGAACAACUUAAACAGAUGCUUCAGUCAAAUAAUCAUUCAACUUUAAUGUCUAAACUUAUGCAUUAUGCUAAAAAAUAUAACUGGUAGCAAUAGCUAUUGGCACAAAGCAAAAAGAGGAUUUAAGGGCUACCGUUGCUCAAGUAGGACCUCCUACAAUUUUUUUACCUUGUCUUGUGCAGAGUACCAUUGGCCAGAAUUUCAUAAUCUUCUAAGUAAUGACCACUGUGGAGAUAUCACACCAAAAUUGAGACAGAAACAUGUUAUUGACAAUCCACAUCUCAUUGACUGGUUUUUCACUGAGCGAACUGAUCGGUUUGUGAAGUUUUGGCUGAAUAAAUCAUUACAGGCAUCUUGGUAUUGGUACCGAUAUGAAUAUGCUGUUCAGAGGGGAUCGAUUCAUUGUCACGGAGUUGCAAAAUUGCAGAAUGAUCCAGGGCUUUGUGAACUUACAGCAGUUGCACUGCAGGGGUUUUUGGCAUCAAAAUAUAUCAAAGAACACCAAGCAAAUAUAUCAAUUGAAGAACUACAAGAACUGAAAAAUAAGGAGAAAAGGGGGAAAAUGCUGAGGCAACUGUUUGCCAAUAUGUCAAUUUUUAUUAACGACAUGGAAUCCUUGUUCUCCAGAUGAAGGUUGGUCCAAGCCAAAUUCUCAUCCAUGUCAAACACCAUAUCUUUCCUUAAAAGAAGAGAAAAUGGAAGAUGACUAUGUGAAUCUAUUGAAUUCUGUUCAAAGGCAUACGUUGUGUAGUACUAAGUAUUGCCUUAGGAAAAAAAGACAGUUGCGAAUUAUGCUGCAGGUUUAAUUUUCCAUUUGAUAACUGUAAAAAAAACAAGGAUAGAUUUUGAACCUGUCCAUACAAAAUCAGGUCAACCAAAGUAUAAAGCAGUUAUUGUUACUAAACGAAAUGACUCAAGAUUAAAUCGUCAUCAACCAUUGCAGCUUCAAGGAUGGAGGGCAAAUUGUGAUAUCCAAAUUAUUGUGGAUUACCAGGCAUGUUUAGAAUAUCUUGUUAAGUACACAUCCAAAGGGAAAAAGCAUCUUCCGUUGUUAAUAAUGCAUUCACCACUAUUGUUCAGAAGCUUUUCAGACACAAGUGACAUUCAUAACACAUUUAAGCAGAUAAUGAUCAAAUCUGUAGGACAAAGGGACUAUUCAAUUCAAGAGGUCAUGCAUCAUUUACUCUCUCUUAAGUGUGUAAGUGCUACUUAUGAAGUAAUAAAUGCAUCUCUAGAUGGCUCAAGAAGAAUUCAAAUUGUAAGAGAUAAGGAAUAUUGUACUGCCCCAUCCAUGCUCGAUAUAUAUGCUGAGCGAAGGAAAUACAUGAAAACAUUUCCAAGUAUACUAGAAUGCAACUUUGUACAGUUUACAUCUACAUAUAUUAAUAAAGGUUCAAAACUAGAGAAAAGAAAACGACCAGUAAUUGUUAAAACAUAUCCAAACUAUUCAUCAAAUCCUCAAAAUCAGCAUUAUGGGCUUUUUUGUAAAUAUCAACUACUUAAGUAUAAACCUUGGGAGCAUACACCAGAUGAUGCCUGGAGUAAUGCUGAACACUGUAAUGAAACAUUCAAAACAUGUUGGAUGAAUUUUCUCUGUAGUAACAAUGGAAAGGCUGUAGUUCCUGACUGGGAAAUCAAGUUACAAGCCUUAAAGGAAUCUAUUAAGCUAGAAACUGACAAUUUUACAACAGAAAAUGAUGAAGAAGAGGAAAAGGAAGAAUGGAUGUUAAUGUCUGAGUUGAAUAUUCAAAACAUUACUAAUGAUGCACAAAGUUCUGUCUUAGCUCCUGAGGGAUAUUGGCACAAUGUUACUGAACACUUUGAUGAAGAGCAACUAAAUUCUGUAGUAUCUUGGUUAGCGAAUCAAAAAUCUAUGAAUAAUCCUCAGUGGCAAAUGCCAACAAGGAUAGUAGAUAUUUCAAGCUUUAGUACAAACCAAAGAUUGGCAUACAACGUAGUUUGUGAUCACUUUAACAGAAGUGACAAAGAACCUAUACUUCUCUAAUUAAAGGUAUUGCAGGGUCAGGGAAAAGCUAUCUCAUUGACGCCAUUAGAAAUGUACUCCAAACACAAUGCAAGGUGCUAGCGUACACUGGAAAAGCAUCUUUUAAUGUGAAUGGUGUAACUUUGCAUUCAUUUCUCAAAUUGCCAAUUGGCUCAAAAAAGACUCACUGAACUAAAAGGAAUAGCACUACAACAGCUUCAAAGUAAUGUAGAAAAUCUUCGGUAUUUGAUAAUAGAUGAAUACUCUUUGGUUGGUCAGAGUUUGCUUGGCUGGAUAGAUUCUAGAUGCCGACAAGCUACAGGCCUGGCAAAUCAGAGUUUUGGUGGUCUUUCGGUUAUUGUUGUGGGUGAUAUAGCACAGUUACCCCCUGUUGGUGAUAAACCACUUUACCAUUCAAUGCCCAAAACAGAUAAGCAGAUUCAGGGUCAUCUCAUGUAUCAACAGUUUAACAAAGUAGUUGCAUUGACAGUUAACCACAGAGUUGAUGGUAACAGUAGUGAGCAGCACCUUUUUAGGGAUCUUCUUCUCAGAGCACGUAAUGGUGAAUCCACACCAGCUGAUUGGCAUACAUUACUGUCAAGAACUCCAGACCGUGUAUCAAAUAUCCAGGAAUUUGAAAUGUCAUCAAUAAGACUAUCCUAUCUCAAGUCUAGUGUUGCAGAGAUAAACAUAGCCAAGUUAAAAGCUCUUAAUCAACCAAUAGCAACUAUAAAAGCUCGUCACUCUGGUGGUGCUCAGAACCUUAGCUCAGAUGAAAUGGGAGGCCUAGAGCCUGUGAUUUACUUAGCAAAAGGAGCGAGAGUAAUGCUCACUAUGAACAUCUGGACUGAAGUUGGACUUUGUAAUGGAGCCCUAGGGACAGUAUUAGAUUUUGUUUAUCCACAUGACCAGACUCCCCCGACGCUACCAAUUUGUGUUCUUGUACAGUUUGACGACGAUUAUAAUGGCCCUACUCUUUCUGCUAGAUUUCCAAGAUGUGUUCCAAUUUGUCCAAUAACACAGGUUUCUCAAAACCUAGGUCAAAAAUGUGAAAGACAGCAAUUACCCCUAAAAGUUAGCAUGGGCAAUCACUAUACACAAGAGUCAAGGUUUAACGCUAAAGAAAGCCUGGGUUGAUCUUGGUCCUUCAGAAAAAUCUUCAGGAAUGACAUAUGUUGCACUAAGUAGAGUUAAGAAACUUGAAGACCUAAUGGUAGAACCCAUGACCCUGGAUAGACUGCAAGCACCCAAAAAAAAUGUGCAAUUUAAAUUACAGACUUAAAGAAGAAGAGCGGCUAGAUGGUUUAGCCCAAGAUACUUUGGACAGUUUAUUGUAGAAUCCUAUUGCCCUAAAUAUAUUAAACAUCCAAACCAGAUAAAACCACUUUUAACAAUUAGAGUUUGAUUAACCAGAUGUGAGCCUUGAUUCAAGAUAAUGUAAAGGAUACAGAUUUUAACUUGAAAUAAUGGCAUAAAUUGAGUGGAAAACUGCUACAAUGUACAUAACCUUUAUUUAGAAUUUUUAUUUUUGUUACAGAUUCUUUGUGGAAAGAAUGUCAAAGCGUGAGCCAGACCUUAACUCGGGUAAGUAUUAUGAUUAUGGGGGAAGAACAGUAGAUCAGAAUGCAAGGAAAAUGGUGAAUAGGUACUAAACACAGAGACUACAGUGAUUUGUUGCCUAUUUAACAUGAAUCUUUUGAUUUUUUCCUUAGAAUCACUCUGUGGCUUUAUACAUAAUUUAAGCCCUGUAAAACGCUCAAAGAGAACGGAUUGGUUUGAGUUUCAUCUGCAAACAAGUCCUUCAAAGUACAGCGAGUAGUUGGAUUUAAUAUCCCAAGCCACUCAACCUUCAGUGGACAUAACAAAUCAAAAACCCCUGUGCUGCUGUCAAAUACUAAGAAGAAUGAUUCGAACAAGGACAUUAUCUUCAACCAACAGUCAAUUGUAAGGUCUGCACCAGCGUUCGACAUUGACUUUGAUUAUUCUCCAGACAUUGCUGCAUCUGAGUCAUCCUCCUCUUCAGUGCAACCUGCUACUACGAUCACUCUGGAACAGGUACCAACUCUAAAGAUAAACCAGAAGGUCAACGUCACAGCAACGAUUUCAUUGGGCAGUGAACAACCUAAGCCGGUUGAAGUGAAAUCCACACAAAAGAUGACGCUCGUCAAAGAGGAUUGUGUCUUAGAAGAUGAGACAGGUACAGCUGAAAUUCACAUUUGGGAUGAGCUCAUCAACAACGUGAAAAAUGGGACAACAUAUGAAUUCCAAAACCUGAACGUCAAGCACUUCAAAGGAAGCACCCACUUAGCAACGACACCAGCAACUACCUUCAAGGAAGCCAGCAAACAACUUAAGUCUGUGCAAGGGCCUACACUACUGGAAAACCCAGAAAAAGAAGUUAAAGUCGAGAUGUUCAAGUUUCUUAACAACCUAAGCAUAUUCGUUGCUUGUCAAGCUUGUAAGAGGAAGAUAACAGAGAGUGCCCAUCAGAAGUACAUAAAAUGCAGGAACUGCGGAGUAAGGCAGCGUCAAGGCGAAUGCAAGAGAGAUGCAUCUGUGCAAGUCAAAGUAGAAAUAGCUGGAAAGGAAAUAUGGCUGACAGCGUUCACAAAAGAAAUUGAAAGUCUUCUGGCUCUGUCUCCAGAGCUUUCCCUUAUGAGUGACUCAGAAUCUAUUGAAGACCACCUUAUGGACCUCAAGGAUAUCCACUUCACCUAUAAUGUGAACAAAAACACCAUAACCCAGGUGACAUCUCUUUCAAAUGGACUGGCGCAAUGACACUAUGGAACGAUUGAUUAAUGGGCUAUCUUGGCAUGAAACUACUUACUAUGUAAACUACGUUCAAAGUUGCCUUCUAAAAUCAUGUUAAAACACGAACAUGAAACAUUUUAAAAAACAAAGAAAUCAUGUGAGAUAUGCAUUUUUUAUCUCUGUUACAAGUUCAGUUCUUAAAGACAUUUCAAAAAACAAGGAUUUGCAUUUGGAAUCUACUUUACAAGUUUCGUUUUUUUAAAAACAUUCUAAAAGACGAAGAAAAGCAUCUCAGAUUUGCAUUUGUAAUUUACGUUACAAGUUUUGGUAUUAAAGACAUUUGACACAUUUCAAUUCAUGCUCAUUUGUCUCAGGUAAUGCAAGGGCUACAUAUAUUUCAGCUCUAAUCUGCCUUACAAGUUUAGUUCUUACGGACAUUCUAAACAACAAAGAAUAGCAUGUGCGUUUUGCAAUGCUUUUUUAAACAAUCAUUCAAUUUGAAAAAAAUGUUCUGUAGUCUGGUUACUUCUUCAUUUUCAUUCGGCAAGCAACUGUCGCCGUUUUUACUCGUUGGCACUCUAGCGCCAGCUAUUUCUAGUAUAUUUCAUAAAAAUUCUUUGACUUGGGCCAUUUGUUCCCAAAAGAAUAAAACGCAAACAGCGGUUACAAACAAUUGUUUGAAAUGCAUAACUUUUAUAAACUUAACGUUUCGUAUGUUACUACAUGCAUCAUGAGGAGAUCGUGAUCUUGAUAUUUGAACAAAAUAAAGUAACGCAAUAAAUUUUGAAUUACAUUACGAUUUCUUUAUAGAUAUAAAGAAAAGCAACUCUUUAGAAGACCGCUUUGAGCUGUCCAGUUACAGUCUAAAAAUCUACAACGUGAAUGCUGGUAACCUGAGAUGGUAACCGUCGUUACGCUUCUGUGAGUUCUGUCAGCAUAGGCGCCAAAACCCACUGAACAGCCAAUCACAAGCGCGGUUAUAUUGAAAAAUACGUUGUCAUGAUUUAUGCAUUAGGUUCGGCACAUGUGAAGUACGACGAAUGAAUCGAAGUCGAUCUUUUGCCGUUCUAUUCGACAAGCUCAGUCGAAUAGAACGGCAGAGUCGACCCAAAUACAAAAGUGCCGUUCGACGUUUGAACCGGGCCUAAGAACACAGAGUUCUAAGAACAUUGAAAACACUGAAAACACAGAACUACCGAAACGGUGUAAUAAGCUCCAGAAGGCUCAAGAAUACACCAGAGGUGAGUCAUUUUGAUUCAUUUUAUUGAAUGAAAGUUAAAUUGAGCAUUAUUUAGGCUUUAUAAUCGACGGUAUUUGAUUUCCCAUACAAAGUCUUAUAACGCGUUUAACUUCUCAAUGGCUGUCUGUAGUGACGCGAGCUUGGGCUGCCUAUGUUGAAACUUGAAUGUUGAAUAUGUUAAAACUCCGAUCGAUGUCUCAUUGUGAAACACCAAUGUGGCAUCACACGCAACAAUGCUGAAUGAUAAAAAACAGCAAUGUGCAAUUACGAAAUUCAAACGUCGCAUGGUGAUAAUGAAGGUUAAAUGAUAAACUUGAACAUUACCCUGCGAUUAGGCGUACUUUUCAGGGUGCACUUAAAAAGGAAAGGUACGCCUGAUCGCAGGUUACUUGAACAUCGAAAGCAAACCGAAAGCAAACCUUGAAUUUUGGCGGGGAUAUAACGCCAUAGUUAACAUGGAGUAUUAGUUGACUGAACUUUGCUGGUCCUUUCGACCCUGUGGGAUUGCAAUAAACUCUUUCAGGCUCGUUGCUGGCUAUUGGAAGUAACGGAUUUUAUCGGCCUCUUACUAACACAUUUCUCCACCUUCAUUGUAGGUUGAAUUCAUUUCAGAUGGUAAAAGUCAAUUUUGUCUCCUCCCCGGGAAAUCCUUCAAUCGGUUUGGUUCACAUAAGGCUUUCAGCCACUGUGUAAGUAAAACAACUGAAGCUCUAGUCGAAGAGCUUCAAAAUGCCUUAAGAAAAUUGAGGUCGUCCCAAGACGAUUCAUCUAGUUCGUGCAAUAAAACAGACGUUUUAUCCGAGUCCCUGUCCGAGGUAGUCGCAGACAUCGAGAAAGGUCCGGAUAUCGAUAAGACAACAGAGAGCAGCACAAGCAGCAAAAAUACGUCCCCGGCCUGUUCCAGCAAAUCUAGGAAAAGGAAAUGCUUGUCCCCUGCGUCAACGGCCACCAAAAAAGUUGCACGAAGUGAUGAAAUGCAAGAAUCGUGUGAGAAGUGCCUUAUCUCAAGUGAGUGCUUUUAUGUGACUUCAUCAUGAAAGGUGUCCAUGUUGGUGGGGAAGAAAAUAGCCUGUCGCUUUACUGGCAAUUAAACUUAAAGUUUUGAGCAUAUUAUUAAAAAAGAUUGUAUUGUAUUUUCGUAUUAAAGCCAAUUGCAUGUUUGUUACAUACGGGCAAUUUCCUAUACUUUGCAUCGUUUACAUUAACUACGUGUGCAUGUACUUAAAAUUCUGAUUGGUUCUCUUAGAAGCUCUCUGCAUCUCUUGUGAUUAGUCCAAGUGAUUGCUGUGGUUUUUGCGGCACUCAAUUUGAAGACCACUCUAUUAAUUACACCAAAAAUUAGAGAAAAAUUUGAUCACGUACACGUGUGAUUUGCUUGAAGUAAAAUCGUAUCAUCUGACUUCCCUACCCCUUUCCCCCCACUCUGUUUAUAUACACAGGGUUCGUAUAGGUUCUGUUUAGUCAUGGAAUUCUAUUGGUGGUGUUGAAUGGGACUGGAAACUCCUGGAAAUUGUAACUUUAACUCCAACAAUAUUUUUUCUUGAUUGUCAAGCACUGCAAAAACCUGUCUUUAAUACUCCCUGAAACUUUACUUUAAGUGCCUAUGAAGUAAAAAAUUACAUUUGCAUUUGAGCGAAAAUGGCGCUUUCUCUUUCAAAAGAUGUUUUUUCAUUCCCAAAGCUUAAAAUUGAUGAUGUCAUCAGUGGUUCAAGCAAGAAGAUAAAUCACAAAAUUGAUAAUAUCUCUGGAAAUAUAUAAGUGAUGCCAUUUAAACUUGGCACCAGUAAUAGGCCAUUUCAGAAAUGUGAGAGGACUGGGACGAGUUUGGUUGCUUUCUGUUUGUUUAAAAAAACUAAGACAUUCAAAUGAGAGAUCAACCAAGUUUGAGAUGUAUUUAGAGGAGGAAAAUGGCGAAAUAAUAUAUCUUCAAAUAUCACCUAAAAUAGAGAGUUCGUAUGGAAUGGGUAGACAGGCCACAAAAUUAGAAGGGUUUGUAUGGGAUUUUGCAACUUUUGCAAGUCUCCCAUUUGGCCAAUUUUCCGUAGAAAACUCUCAAAGUUGGCUGGAUAGCUUUUUAUUUGGUAACAUUUCAGUUGAAGAGUUUAGAUUUUCAAUCUAAGCAAGUAUGAGAAACUCGUCCUAGUCCUCUCACGUUUCUGAAAUGGCUUAUGUACGUCAGAUAAGACAUAAUAACAGUUCUGCUUCCCAGUCUAUUUCAUGCUGGAUUAAGUUUCCAGUUUUUUUUUUAACAUUAUUAAGCAUUGUCCACCUGUGAUGAGGUGGUAAAGAGUCGUAAGGUAAUAUGGGUAUCACAUGUGUUUUCAAGUAAGACCAUCUGUUCACUCCUCACCUGUUCAAAAUUGGAGAUAUUUGAUUCAUGGCUAAAGAAGCCUUAGACCUAGAGUGUUGCUAUGGGAACAUCACAGAAGGUAUCAUUUUGCUUAUUUCCUGACGUUCAUUACUGGUGCCAAGUUUAAGUUUCUCAAAACUCCUGAAAAGCUGUUCUGCAUGCAUUAGGCUCAUUCCCAGAAGUUCUCUUCUGUUAAUAACUAAGCACGCUAUACACUGUACAGUUAAAAAUUACAUUAGGCUGGCUAUCUCAAAGUACAAUUCAGUCAAAAAACAGCUUGAAAAGUGGCUUCUCAAACCUGAAAUGUUUCUGGAAUUUUGAGAGAGGCAUGCCAGUUGUUAAAUCUAGAAAAUGCAGUAUCUAGACUGCAGUUAAUAUUAAGACGAUCUAUGUUUUGUUUUAAUCAUCACAGCAACAUCACAACUCAUUCCCAUUGAGAAGCUUGGUUUGCCUGUCGGCCCAUCAAGGCAAUUUCGACGCGUAAAUGAUGCAUUUGUUGACAGCCUCAAAGAAGAAUUGUUAAAAGAGCCAAGUGGAAGUCAUGGAUGUCUGUUCGUGGUUGCAAAGGGUGUAGAAAGCAAAGAAACAUUUGAUCCAGCUAAAAAGGAUGCAUAUGAGUACGAAGUUUUGGGGGGUACUCACCUGAUGCUAGCCACCAAGAAACUUCAUUCCCAGUACCCAGAAAACAAACAUUACCAAGGCAGAAUGGCAAGAAUCUACUGUGGCCUUACAGAUGAUCAGGCUGUUUACCUUGGUGCCAUGCAUCAAAGGUCGUCAUCAUUCUGUCAUGACAUUACAUACAGAGAAGAGGUACAUUUUGUAUUAAAAUUUUGGAUUUGAAAUUGAAUUCAGGCAUGCUUGAAGCAUACCACAUUGUUGUUGUCAUUAAAGAAAGUGAAUAUUAUUUGCUAGUCUGUCAAUGAAUAUGAAACACUGCAUAAUCAAUGAUGUUGCAUGUACAUGUACAGUGUAUGUAAUGGCCAGCCUGUUUGUUAAUAUAGAGCCCAGUUAAGGCAAUAUGAAGAAUUAAUAACUUUUAAUAUGCCCUUUCCCACUACUUUCCUUGUGUCAUCUAAUUUACAGCAUUUUUCUUCAUACAAAUUAAUUUAGGUAGAGAGAUGUAGAUCUCAACUAUAUGGAGAGCUUGAUGUACAGAGUGAACCUCCAAAGCCGCAACCAUCGUGGAGAGAUGAGUGUUCUCGUAUUUUAUACAAAGAUGUAAGAAUUUAAUUCACUUAAGUAAUGCAAGUUGAGUUUUUUAAAAGAAAUUGCUGAAAGGAGUGGUAACAGAAUUACAGUCGUGACAUUUUCCUACAUGGAAACAGAGAACCAUUAAUUUUUGGUUAUUGCCUAACACAUAGUCACUUGAUUACAGUUGAAUGGUGUUCAAGUUUUAUUUGAAGUACUUUUGUCCCCUUCCUUGACCAAAGACAGUUAUAUUGUUCUGACAUGUAGUUACAUGCACCUAGCCAAUCUCCGAGGUCAUCUAUCUUUUUCUAUACGUGUACUUUGCUAUGUCACCAUUAUCAGCAGCUCACAUUAAGAAAUUCUGUCUUACAGAAAAGAAUUUUGUGUGAGGUCUUCACUAUGGCACAAGUAUCCUCAAGUACUUGGGCCGCUUUCAUGGAGGUAAACAGGCUGUACGAGAUUGGGAAGCUCAAAGGGCAGAGUUUUUUCUCCUGGCGAUGUCGUCAAAGGGACAUUAGCAAUUAAACAGUGGCAUAUGAAGCCAUUAGUCAGCCUUCCUGAUGAAACAAAACUAUUCCUUUUGAACAAGGUAAAGGCAAUAUUGCAACAGUCUGGCAUGAAAUUUUGUUUUUCACUCCAUUUUGUAUUUUAUUAUAUUUUAAGUUAAAUUCCACUUCUUUUCAGUGGCUAAUAACCCCAAGAAUUUAAACUAAUUUGUGUGUACUUUCUCUCUUUGGCAUCCCUUGAAAAUGUGUUUAUGUAGCUUCUGUUCCAAUUGUCGCUCUACAAACCCCUGUCUUUAUUAUCUGGUUCUUUUUAGAUCUCUUCUGGUGAAUUGUUAUUAAAAGAUUUAAAACAGAAGCAGACAAGAUAAAGACACUGAACACUGUACAGUUUACAGUUAUGUCAUUCUUUAAAGUAGACGAUUGGGAUGAGAUAGUCAAGAGAUUUGGUCCAAUGGUCAACAACGAGAAGCUGUUGAGAUUUACAGUAAGCCAACAUGUUUUUCGUUGACUAAUAUAGAAAUUACCUAGUAUGUAACUAUGUAAACAGUCAUCUGCAUUAAUUAUUACAUUACACAGUAUUCACAUAGUUUUCUUCUUAAGACCUGAUCCAUUUUUGUAGAGAUUUACUGUGGAAAUCUAAAAGCUAUGAACACUUUGAUUUGAUUUUUUACAUUUCCCAUUGUACAGCAACCAAUCAGAAGUAACGCAAAACCUCAAACUACUUAUAUUACCAUUACUGUUUGUGGUUUAAUUUAUUAUUCUUGUGCUUGAAAUUUAACCACAUUGACCUCUUAGUGUUCACAAUUUUUGGAUUUUCAUAGUAAUACUUCUAGUGUUAAAAAAAAAAAAAUUUGAGAACAGUUUUCAUUAUAUGCAAGUACAAAAUACAACUAUAUAUCCUGCAGGUUGGGGAGGAGAAAUUAAGGUAAAUAGUAAGUUCAAGUGAUACAGUGAGAGUAGCUGACAAUUCUAUCAUGUAUAUGAAGAAGAGGUAACUAUUAUCUACUGCAAAGGAAUCUACUGAAGGAGCAGACUGUUCUUAAGGCAUUGCAUUACCACCAAUUCUUGCUGGGUAAUCAGUAGGAAAUCUUUUAAAGAUUUACUUCCAAUAUUUUUUGUAGCUUAUUGUUCCUAUUCCUUCAAUUUAGGAAAUUUUGAGGCCUCAUAUGAUUUCCAAGUGUUCCUGAAGAGGUUGAAAGAGUGGGAAUCUGCUAGGCAUGAGGCAGCAGAAGAUACUCCAGUUGCUACCCUGGGGGUUGAAGAAUUUACUGUCAGUAAUGAGGGUCUGCACAACAAGGGCAGUGCUGUUUUCCUUGUAACCUUCAAGAGGUGACCCAAAGCAUGGAAAUCUUCAAAUUGAACUUUGAGGGCAUCUCCCUUGCCCUAGGAGUUGUUGGAUUUGAUGAUAAGGUACAUGACAUGCCUUCCUGUGUGUUUGUAAUAAGCAUUAAUUCCUACACAUCUUCAUCUUAUUUUGAUGGAUGUUAACUGGCUUGUAAAAUGACAGUGUGACAAAUUCUUCCUUUUUUUUCACAAACUACUACUGUGACCAUAAGGAACUUUAAAAGGAGAAUCUUCAGCUGAACAGAAGUUAGAUGAAGCUUUUUCUCAUUCCACUUUGUCAUUAAAUGUAUUAAACACCACUUUCAGUUCUGAAGAAUUGUGAUAACCAACCACCAAAAUUCAUUACUUGCUCCCCUCAAAAAAAGUUGUUCUGUGUAGAACCCAAGUGCUGUUAAUACUCCCGUUACUUACAGAUAUUUACAUGUAUGUUAAAUGUGUUUCCUAUUGUACAUUGUCUGUUGAAAGUCACCCACAAAGUCCAAUUAAUCAAAGGUUUCUGUUGAUAAUAAUAAUUAUUGUCUUAUUGCUGUUUUCAAUAUAUUUUAGGGACAGCUGGAAGUGGAAGAAAAAUGUAGUGAAAUAGUUAAGCUGCUUUCCAGACUAAACUUCACAGUCCUGAGCUCAUUUAACUGUGUCAUUAUGUGUCCUGUGCACUGGGCGCAUAUUGUGUCCGAAACAUUUACCAAGGAAGGUGCAAGCCAGACCCAACAGGGUUUUAUCUAUCAUAAACAACAACUGAAAAGUAGGCAAGGUGAGAGAAUAGGCCAUUAUUAAUAUACAUGGAAUCAAUUGCUGACAAUACCCUAAUUCUCUGUUUUCCACCGCGCACAGGUGGCUCAGUUGGUUGAGUACCGGGCUGUCGUGCGGGAGGUUGCAGGUUCGAACCCUGGCCGGACCAUUACUCGGGGUCUUAAAAUAACUCAGUGCUGCCUUUGUAAUGACAUCUGCAAAUGGCUAGACUCUCUAGUCUUCUCGGAUAAGGACGAUAAACCGUUCGCCCCGUCUCACAACCUUUCAAUGUUCAUAACCCUGUGGGACGUAAAAGAACCCACACACCAUUUGCAAAGAGUAGGGCAUGAAGUUCGCGGUGUUGUGGUCAGGCCUUAUUUCAUUCAUUCAUAUGCAUUGGGUUGGGUGAGAUCGCUAAUGGACUGAUAGCGGCUUCCAGAGGCACCUGUGUAUGCUGAGGUCCGGUCUCACCCAUGGAUCUAUAACUUGUAAAGCGCAUUUGAAUAUGCAUAUAGAAAAUGCGCUGUACAAAUUCAAUACCAUAUUUUUCAAGACCAAUGUUUUCUAUUUCUCACAUCACAGCAAAAAUUGAAUUAAUUUUUAUGUCUAACCUGGCAUAUGUAUUACUUGUUCACAUUGUAAUAAAUCUGUUGUUAAUGCUUUGCCUAUUUCUAACCUUUAGGUAGCAAAAUGCAAGAGGUGGUAUCCUCAUUUAUUGUUGGCCACUGGGCUUCAUCUAGGAUAGUGGGAAAGAGCCAUGUCAAUUAUGCCACUCCUCCUCCAAACAUUGUUGAGGUGACUUCUGCAAGAAUAGGGGAGGAAUACCCUGUUUCCUUUUUUAAGGACAUAAUCAGUUGGUUUUCAAAGGAUGGAGACUUAAUCCUAGAAGUAGGAUAUGGGGAUGAAGUUGGUAUGUAAAUUUCAUUUAGGGGGUGUUGCUCUGAUUUUUUACACGGAAUGACUUAUCUUUUUAGUAGAGACAAGAUAUGCCUUUCAAUUAAGUGUGUUACAGGCAAGUAAUUUUGCAUGUAUAUACCAUAUCAUUUUUGUGUGAUUUAUGGAGUUCUUGAUGAAAGGGCCUUCACUUACUUGAAGUUCUGGAUCUGCCAGUGUAAUGUGUCCCUAGAGCUGCAGUCUGCAUGCUCUAUUGCAGUCCAGAUGAUUAUGUUUUGAUAUAGACUGUAAUACUUGACCUACCAUGCCAUAUUUUGUAGGUUUAAAAGGGAUUAUUCAUUUCUAGUCGGUGUCAAAAAUGUAUAAAUUGACAUCACUCUUGCAUCUCAUUUUGUUAGUUACUGUUUUAAAAUUAUGUGUAAAUUAAUUGUUGUGAUGUGCAUCUCUUUUACACCCCUCAUGCUUUUCUCUUACAGGGAAUGCUUUUACUGCCGCUCUGAUGUGUGGAAGGAAGGCUACAUUGACAGGCACAUCAUGUGACAAGCGCAUUAUCUGCCAAAAACUAAGUACCAGUACUCAGCUCACAACUACUCAGAUAGAUUAAGGCCUGGUUGUUUACAGAUUUAAAGUGCAUUUUAAACUAUUGUAAACUAUUGAAAAUAUCCCAUGACUAAGGCUUAACGACUGGUAAGAAACAGAUCUUACAAAUUCAUUUUAAACAUUUUAAACUCAGUCCAAGUGUAUUUUUCAGGCCAGUGUUGGGGUCAAUACCGAGAAUUUGGAGCUUAACUCAUUUGUGAUUGGCUAAUGGGAUGUGUUGGUUAAAAUUUUCAACCAAGAAAGGGCAUUUCUAAUGAUUUGUUCAAGUUAGCUAUCUUGCUAUUCCUCUUGGACGCCUUUAAGUGAAUUUUGGAAAAUGUGCUUACUCUUUUAUUCAAAGAGUUAAUUACGGAGGCAGAAAAUGUUGUACCUUUUGAGUCGUUACAGGAAAUCCUAUGUUCUUACCAUUCGAAUGAAACCGCUGCAGCAGUACAAAAUGAAAAUUUGGAUUUUUCCAAACGUUUACAUAGUGACCAUUGUUGUAGUGAAAGGUAAAGAAUCACAAAAAUAAAUCAUUUUAAGACCAGCCCUUAAUCUACUUGAGUACCAUAUGGUUUAAGAGGGCUUUAUUGGUCAUUUUGUUUAGUACAGUUGAAAAUUCAGCUGUUGCAAACUAAAUUAGAUGUUUGGUAUAUGAUGUUGUUAGUAAUAAACUUCCAAAUUUUAGAAUUGACUUUGAUUAGC